AUGGAUGGGCCUGCCGGUUGUGGUAAAACAUUUACUUACAACUAUUUAAUUUCUGAAACACAGAGCAGGCAUAUUAGAACUGCAACAGCUGCAUGGACAGGAAUAGCUGCAACUCUUCUCAAAAAUGGGUGCACAAUGCAUGGCUUAUUCAAACUUCCUGUUCCAAUUUUGGAAACUAGCACAUGUAAUGUAACUCCAAACUCUAUUCAUGGUAGAUUCCUGAGACAAAUCAGUUUGUAUUUACUUGAUGAAGCAUCUAUGAUACCCAAAUAUGCUUUGAGUGCCAUUGAUAAGCUAUUACAAGAUAUUUGUAAUAACAACUUUCCUUUUGGUGGUAAGGUUAUUCUUAUGGGUGGAGACUUCAGACAAAUACUUCCAGUUGUGAAGCGAGGUCGACCAGCAGAAGUUAUAGAAUCAUGUUUAAAAUGUUCUGAACAUUGGCAAUAUGUGCAAAGGUUCUCAUUAACUGUAAACAUGAGGGUUCAGAUAGAAGAAGAGGAAUUUUCUCAAUGGCUUUUAAAGCUUGGAAGUGGAACAUUACCUGUCAAGCCUGAAGAUCCUUUGCGAGGGUGUAUUGAAAUACCUGAGCUGUGCUUUCUCAGUGAUAAAGAAUCUAUUGUGGAGAAGAUUUUCGGUGGUGCAGAAGAAGCUGAUUAUGCAAAACGUGCUAUUUUAACGCCAACAAAUGUUGAUUCAUUGGCAAUAAAUGAAGAAGUCCUUCAUCGCUUACCCGGUGAUGUGAAAACAUAUUUAAGUUCAGAUAGCAUUGAUACUGAUGAUCUUAAUGAAAUUAAUAAUUUUCCAGUCGAGUUUUUAAAUAGUUUGACUCCAUCAGGUAUGCCUGUUCAUUGCCUAAAAUUAAAAAUUGGUGCUGUUUGA